AUGAGGAGGAUCAGGGCCAAUGCCAUCGCCAUCCUGACCGUCGCCUGGAUCCUGGGCACUUUCUACUACUUAUGGCAGGACAACAAACCCCGCUCGGCGGCCGCCGGCAGGUCCGGAAGGGGGGGUGACACAGCUGGGAGGCUCGGGGCUCGCGGUCGAGAGGCGCGUACCCCUUUGGGCAUGACAAGGGCUCCCCAAGGAGAGAAGAACAGCCGGAGGGGUUUUGACGAAAAGGCUUACUUGUCCUCAAAACUGGUGAAGGCUGGAGAAGACCCCUACCGUCAGCACGCUUUUAAUCAGCUAGAGAGCGACAAACUCAGCAGCGAUCGGCCCAUUCGGGACACCAGGCACUACAGGUGCACCUCUGUACGCUAUGACACAGACUUGCCAGCUACCAGCCUCAUCAUCACCUUCCACAAUGAGGCACGCUCUACCCUGCUCCGCACGGUGAAGAGUGUCCUGAACCGCACGCCUCCCAGCCUCAUCCAGGAGAUCAUUUUGGUAGAUGACUUCAGCUCAGAUCCUGAGGACUGCCAGCUCCUUACCAAGAUCCCAAAGGUCAAGUGUCUACGAAACACCCGGCGAGAAGGGCUGAUUCGCUCUCGGGUGCGAGGAGCUGAAGUGGCUACUGCUGACAUCCUCACCUUCUUGGACAGUCACUGUGAAGUCAACAGUGAGUGGCUGCAGCCAAUGCUUCAGAGAGUAAAAGAGGAUUAUACCCGAGUGGUGAGUCCAAUCAUUGAUGUUAUCAGCCUGGAUAAUUUUGCCUACCUGGCAGCAUCAGCAGAUCUGAGGGGAGGGUUUGACUGGAGCCUUCACUUUAAGUGGGAGCAGAUUCCUAUAGAGCAGAAGAUGUCCAGAACAGACCCAACUCAGUCUAUAAGAACCCCUGUCAUAGCAGGAGGCAUCUUUGUGAUUGACAAGUCCUGGUUUAACCACCUGGGAAAAUACGAUACUCAAAUGGACAUCUGGGGAGGAGAAAAUUUUGAGCUCUCUUUCCGAGUGUGGAUGUGCGGUGGCAGCUUGGAGAUCGUUCCCUGCAGUCGAGUGGGACACGUGUUCAGGAAGCGCCAUCCCUAUGACUUCCCUGAGGGCAAUGCACUAACUUACAUCAAGAAUACCAAGCGCACAGCAGAGGUGUGGAUGGAUGAAUACAAGCAGUACUACUAUGAGGCCCGGCCAUCUGCCGUUGGGAAGUCAUUUGGAAGUGUUGCAGACCGAGUGGAGCAGCGACGCAAACUGAACUGUAAAUCCUUCCAGUGGUAUCUGGAGAACGUCUACCCCGAGCUCAAGAUUCCUGAAAAGGAGUUGAUUCCAGGAAUAAUUAAACAAGGAGGAAACUGCCUAGAGUCUCGGGCACAGGAUACCACAGGGAACACAUUGGCUGGCAUGGGAAACUGUAAAGGAACAGUGAACAAUCCACCUGUCACUCAGGAGUGGGUGUUCAGUGACCCUUUAAUUAGACAGCAAGACAAGUGUCUUUCCAUUACCUCCUUCUCUACUGGCUCUCAAAUCACACUGGAAGCCUGCAAUCAAAAAGACGGCAGACAGAAGUGGAAGAUGAAAGGCAGUUUCAUUCAACACUUUGUCAGUGGUCUCUGCCUGGAAAACCAGAAUGGGAGAGUGGUCACCAACCCUUGCCAAGCAGGUGUACCUGGCCAACAGUGGGAGCUGCUACAAGCAACGUGA